UUUACCCGAACCUACGCCUCCGCUGGUCUGGCUCGCUCGGAUAUCGAGAAGCGUGUUUUGGAUAUCUUGACUGGAUUCAAUAAGAUCGACAGUAACAAGAUCUCUCUCCAGGCCAACUUCAAUUCGGAUCUUCACCUGGACUCUCUGGAUACUGUCGAGGUUGUCAUGGCUAUCGAGGAAGAAUUUUCGAUUGAGAUCCCUGACAAGGAUGCCGACGAGAUCAAGUCUGCUGCCCAAGCCGUCGACUACAUCUCCAAGCGCGAUGAUGCCCAUUAA